UCUGUCAAGAAUGGUCAGUUUUGGAAAUGUCUAUGAGCAUCAUCACCGUUGCUCGAGCUUUUGUGUUUGGCCGUCUGGCAGUCAUUUGAAGUUAUGUGCUUUGUAAUAGUGUUGGGUCUAUUGCGGUGAUUUCAGGCAACUGGUUUUGGAUUCUCUGUCUCUCUCUCUCUCUCUCUCUCUCUCUCCAGCAGUUUGAUAUUGGUUAUGAUUGGGGAUUUGAACCCAACGACUGUGUGUGUUGGCUGGUUGAAACCUCGGAUGGUGUUUGUGAGCUUUCUGGUCGUAAAAUCACUGUGGUUUUGUUGAUAAUAACAAUGUUGUGCUGUUUGAACCAAGUCUUUCUCACUCUCUAGGAUUGAAUAUUUUCUUUCCAAGUCUAUAUAGGAUCCUCAGCGGCGAGUCGGUUUAGCUUGCUCUUAGUACUGUGUUUCAUUCGGGUUUCUGGAAAAAAAAAAUGGCGACCAAUUUGAACUUCAAGAACUUUGGGACCGACCCACCAGGCGAGCCACACGGAAACGGAAGGCCGCCGGAAAACUUUCCGUUAGCCCGGCAGCAGUCGAUCUACGCGUUGACCUUCGACGAGUUGCAGAACACCAUGGGGGGCAGCCUAGGCAAGGACUUCGGAUCCAUGAACAUGGACGAGCUACUCAAGAACAUUUGGAGUGCCGAGGAGACCCAAACCACGGCCAACUUCUCCACAAGUACCGCACCAGAAGGGGCCAGCGGCCCUCCUGCGGGUGCUGGGUACUUACAGAGGCAGGGCUCGCUGACUCUACCAAGGACGCUGAGCCAGAAGACCGUGGACGAGGUCUGGAGAUAUAUAUCCAAGGAUGAUGUGACUGGAAAUGGAAGCUCAAGCGUGCCGCAGAGGCAGCAGACUUUAGGGGAGAUGACUUUGGAGGAGUUCCUCGUAAGAGCUGGGGUAGUGAGAGAGGACACCCAACUGGGUGCCAAGCCUAGUACCCCAGGAUUCUUUGGCAAUAGCGGUUUAGGAAUUGGGUUUCAGCCGACUGGUGUGGUUACGGGAUUGAUGGGGAAUAGGAUUCCAGAGAGUAGUGAUAAUCAAUUUUCUAUUCAAUCUUCGAAUUUGCCACUGAAUGUGAAUGGUGUUAGAACGGAUCAGAUGCAAUUAUCGAGGCCUCAGCAGCAGCAGCAGCAACCUCAGAUUUUUCCUAAGCCGGCUACGGUGGCCUAUGCAACAAAUCCGAUGCCUCAGCUGGGCAGUCCAGGAAUGAGGGCCGGAAUUGUGGGGAUAAGCGAUCAAAGUUUUAGUAGUGGGUUGGUUCAGGUUCAGGGUGGAGGGAUGGGGACUGUUGGUUUAGGAGCCGGAGCUCUUAGUGCUGCGACGAGGUCGCCCGCGAACCAGCUGUCGUCGGAUGGGAUUGGGAAGAGUAAUGGGGAUACAUCAUCAGUGUCGCCGGUUCCUUAUAUGUUUAAUGGUGGUAUAAGGGGGAGGAGGUCUAAUGGGGCUGUGGAGAAGGUGGUUGAAAGGAGGCAGAGGAGAAUGAUUAAGAAUCGAGAGUCUGCUGCGAGGUCUCGAGCUCGAAAGCAGGCUUAUACCAUGGAAUUGGAAGCUGAAGUUGCAAAGUUAAAGGAGGAGAAUGAAGAAUUGCGGAAAAAACAGGAAGAAAUUACGGAAAUGCAAAAGAAUCAGGUCGUGGAGAUCAUGAAUCUACAACGAGGAGUUAAGAAACAAUGCUUGAGACGAACACAGACUAGUCCUUGGUGAAGCAAGACUGUGAUUGUCAAUUAUGUGCAAACAUUAUGUAUGGCGCAGGUGGCUGUACAUAUUAAAGGCGAGCCCGUGUUCUGUAAAUUGAGAAUAUGAGGGUUUCUUCGUCCUUUGCUUUUCUUCCAAAAAGGAUUUAAGUAUGGAGAAAGAAGCAAUGUAUAUGCAGUGAGUAAUGUUCAAUAUAGUCUGUGAGUGUACAAGUCUCGGACAAUCUUUUUUGAAAAUAAAGUAGGGUCACUUAUGAAAAUGCUUUUUCAUGUGGGUUUCGGGUGUAUCCCUUUCUUCUUCUUCUUCUUUUUUUUUUUCAACAAGACUGAACGAGACUUGCAUACUCUAGAAUUGUAUUUAGCAUUACUUACUUAAGUUAUGCUCAUGUCUCACUGGCCUUCUACUAUGUGUUGUGACGAUGCUCAUUAACCGGUUAAUCUUUUUCUUGAACUGAUUCAAAAGUUAUGGAUGGUAUCACAUCAUUGAGAUGGAAGUGACAUUAGAGUCUAGGAUAUCAAAAGCAAUCAAAUUCAUAAAUCAAAUGUUACAUAUAAUGCUAUAGAUUGGUCAAUGUCUGUCUGGACAUUGAUCUUUGUACUAUGUAGUCCAUAAGUUUAGCAGGGUUAAAAAUCA